CAUCAGAGCCUACACAGGCUACAGAGGAGCACAUACCGUACAGAACGCUCGCAAGCAAAGGCAGCGCACGCUUGCAAAAGUAGCCCCCUGUUCUAUUGUGGAGCUAAAGUUGAUCGAUCAGGUGUGGUUGGGUCCCUGGUAAGCACGAUGGCGAUCAGGCUCCACGAGCUCCAGGAGCUGGACAAAUUGGAGGAGCGCCUCAGUCCGCUGGCCGGCAAACCUGGCGGUGACUUUGACGCCCGUGUGCAGUGUCUGCGGUUGCUCAGGAGAAUGCGCCUUCGGCGGUCAGAAUGUGUUGUCAUGUAUGGUCAAGAAUUGGUGAAGAACAAGGCUUGGACGAGAAGGCUGGGAACGCAAUUGUGGGAUGUGUAUGAGCAGGUUGCUCUUGCUGCCCUUGACACCGGCGACUUGGAGCUAGCGCAGGAAUGCGGCAAUGCAGUGGCCCGAAAGUUUCCCGGCAGCCAGCGUGUGGCUAAGAUGGCGGGGAUGCUGCUAGAGGCGCAGGAGGAGUGGGAGGAGGCGGACCGAGUGUAUAAGGAGACUUUGGAGGAGACCCCAGGCAGCCAUCUUAUACAUAAGCGGAGGGUGGCGGCGCUCAAGAGUCAGGGGAACUUGACGGGGGCGGCCGAAGCGCUCAAUGCAUACCUCGACAUCUUCCAAGCAGAUGCGGAAGGGUGGCGGGAACUGGCAGAGAUCUACAUCAAGCUUCAGCAGUAUCGCCAGGCGGCUUACUGCUAUGAGGAAGUGCUGGUCUCGCAGCCGCAGAACUCGCUAAUACACAUGGCGUAUGCGGACGUACUGUACACGCUCGGGGGGGUCGACAACUUCAGACUGGCCCGCAAGUACUACGCAGCUGCUGUGGAGAUCUCCGGCGGCGGGAAUGUUCGAGCGCUGUACGGAAUUGUGCAGAGCGCAGCAGCAAUUGCAGCGGCCACCAAGGGGAACAAACGAGGGGAGCCUGAAAGUACGGACCUUCCUCUGCUGGCAGUCGAUGUUUUGAAAAAGGAGUAUCAGCAGCAUUGUCCAGCUUUGCUUCCGAUUGUCACGAGAACAUUGGACGGUCAGGUCGCGCUAUUGUAAAUGAUAGUUCUGGUCAGUCAAGCAGCCUCGCGGUUUGGACUUCGCACCCGCCAUGGCACGCUUUUUGACCCUUUGUGUCGACUCAAUAAUGGAGGAAUGUAAUUUUUCAGGGUCAAGUAUCCGAUUCAGCCUAUUUCACAUGUUGGGAUUACUAGUGCAAGUUCGGGGAGAACGUGAUAUUUGGCAGCUGACCAAGCCGCCAUAGUUUAAGACAAUGAUUGCCCCUAUCUCGAGGUUCGUGUACAGUUACAGCUCGCCAUACAUCUUCG